AUGUCUUCAACACAGAGGCAGGUGGAACAGAUCGUUGGAACCGCAUCAGACAGCCACGCAGCGGUCAAAUCCAUCAUCGAACUUCUCCGAGAUAUUUUCCAAGAAGUACUCGAGUGCCAGGAUUUCGAGGCCGUCGGAGAUGUCGUUGUGAAUCAAGUCGGAAACUAUACCAUACUGACGACUGUUCCCGAGGAACCUCGUGUAUGGUAUCAGGGGAUCAAUGUGCCUGAUAGGUUCCCUGAGCAUAUACACCAAGCGAUACUCAACGAAAAUGCGGCCGACGAGGCGGUCAGGUACAUGCUGAAGCCCAUGAGGAGCGCUCUCCAGCACCUUGGAGCACGUGUCAGGUGGGUGUCUCCUCGGAUCAAUCCAAACAUCUUCCUACGAGGCGAGGAUCAUCCAGUACAAGAUCCAACACUCGAGCUUCGAUUCCACUCAGUGUUCGAGGUCACCGAGGCGGAUGGCUCAGUACACAUUGCAGACUUCACCAUCGAGCAGUAUUGCAGAAAUCGUUGCCGGUUUUACUUGACCAAGGAAGAGUUCUGUCGUGAAUUUACCGUCGUGGACAACGACUUUCCGGACCCAACACCCGGAUUCAUAUUCAACGUCGACGUGUUAAUCGCCAUAUCGAAGUACACUUAUUGGGCCAAACUUGCCAUUGGAGAAUAUUGUGCUUCUGUUGACUGGAAUCGGGUCCCUACUAUGGGUCAGAAUGAGCGUGUAGACAUCUUGUCUCGCUCAACAGAGCUCUUACUCGCUGGUCCAGGUGAAGAGGAAGUAGAAAUUCCACGAUUCGAUUCUCAUUUCGGCGUACAAUGAUGGAGACGGCAAAUGCCUGUACUAAUAUGAGACGGUG